GUUCGAGUUUUUGUUGUCCAACAAAUGUCUUUCUCUUCUACAUAGACAUUUCAUUUGUAUUUGCUUGGUCUUCCGACAACAUACAAAGUUCAAAACGCAUCUUCAAUCUUAAAGUAUUAAGUAUGGCUGCUUCAACUGCUGUUACCGCAAACUAUGUCCUCAAGCCACCUCCAUACGCUCUGGAUGCUUUGGAGCCGCAUAUGAGCAAACAAACUCUGGAGUUUCACUGGGGAAAGCAUCACAGGGCUUACGUGGACAACCUCAAGAAGCAGGUUCUUGGAACCGAGCUUGAAGGCAAACCCUUAGACCACAUUAUCAACAAAACCUACAACAAUGGCGAUCUCCUCCCUGCUUUCAACAACGCUGCUCAGGCGUGGAACCACGAGUUCUUCUGGGAAUCAAUGAAACCCAAUGGUGGAGGAAAGCCAUCAGGAGAGCUUCUUGCUCUGCUUGAAAGAGAUUUCACUUCUUAUGAGAAGUUCUAUGAAGAGUUCAAUGCUGCUGCGGCCACUCAGUUUGGAGCUGGCUGGGCCUGGCUUGCUUAUGCAAAUGACAAACUCAAAGUAGUGAAAACUCCAAAUGCUGUGAAUCCCCUUGUGCUCGGCUCUUUCCCCUUGCUUACCAUUGAUGUCUGGGAGCAUGCUUACUAUCUCGACUUCCAGAACCGGAGACCAGAUUACAUAAAGACAUUCAUGAACAACCUUGUGUCUUGGGAAGCUGUUAGUGCCAGACUUGAGGCCGCAAAAGCUGCUUCUUCCUCUUCCGCUUAAGCAGAGAGUUCUGAACAAUAUGACUUCAAUGAAUUCUGUAUUAUUGAAGUUUAUUAAUAAAGUAUUGGUCAAUGUAAUGUAAUAAGGACGCAACUUUGUUGUAUGUGUGACAAGAGUCUUUCAUGUAGAAUUUUGCACCUGUGCAAUGAACAAUUACAAUGCUCUUUUUGUGGUAUU